AUGCACAGAAAGCAGCAACGGGUCGAACAGCAGUCGCCCGGUUACAUCCCUCAGACCCAGGACGGUCUGAACAAUGUUAGCGAUCUCAUAAGCAAGUUCGAGGUACGCAACUAUCCUAUAAAUAGUGGACUGCUGCCAGAACUAUCGCCGCCCCGGCCGGGAUUCAUUGUCCCGGGUGCGGAGUGCUACGAAGCGUCCUACCGACCGUACGGUGGGUCAGCACGAACCGUGUACCAUCACUAUUCGCCGACCCAUUCACCGCCACUUGGGCAAUCGCGCCGCCGGCUGCCAAACAGUUUGCCGUACGAUCCGAAAUUCAACGAUACAGCCUCACUGAGCGACGGUGGGGAUAGUGUACAGUCGGGCAGGAUGGAUGAUCGGCGGUUUCGGCCACGUCCCGGUGGUGGCCAUUACUACCGGAAUGGUUCACUCUCCUCGUUAAACGAGUCCGAUUACUACGAGGAAGUGUUUGAUGUUGGGGCACGGACGCCACCCACCGGUGGUCGGUACUAUCAACAACAGCAACGUUACGGUGACGGUGCGCUCCUCGAGGAGGUUGAAGAUGCGCCACUAAAUAAGGAACGGGUCACUAGCACCCUCACGCGGUUCGGUGCCAUACUGCAGAUGCUGUCCCGGAUCCCGUUUCCCCGGAUGUCCGUCACCGGCAUGGGGCUUUGCUCGCUCGUCGCCAUCUUCUUCUGUCCGCGUGCGAUCGGUUCGAAUAUAUUGUUUCCCGGUUUCAGACUACUGUUCGGUACGCUGUACCCGGCCUACGCCUCGUACAAGGCCGUACGAACGAAGAACGUCAAGGAGUAUGUCAAAUGGAUGAUGUACUGGAUUGUGUUCGCCUUCUUCACCUUUAUCGAAACGUUCACCGACAUACUGCUGUCCUGGUUUCCGUUCUAUUACGAAAUAAAGGUGAUCGUCGUGCUGUGGCUACUGUCACCGGCUACCCGCGGUAGCUCGACACUGUACCGCAAGUUUGUUCACCCGAUGCUAACGCGCCGAGAACAGGAAAUCGAUGACUACAUCAAUCAAGCCAAAGAGAAGGGUUACACCGCCGUGCUGCAGCUGGGCUCGAAGGGUGUUAACUAUGCCACCAACGUUAUCAUGCAGACGGCCAUCAAAGGUGGAGGUGGACUGGUGCAAACGCUGCGCAAGAGCUACAGCCUGAGUGAUCUCUCCGAACCGGACACCCAGCGGACGCAGGAUGAGGUUGACGAGAUCGUGAACCGACCGCAGCGCGUGUUACGCUCGAAGAGCUCCCGGUCGUCGUCCGGCAACCGCCAGAUGGAGAUGUACUUUCCCGAGGUGGAAAUAGCCGGUGCGCCGUAUCAUGCGACCGCUGCACCACCUUACAACUACAUCCGCUCAUCGGACGAUAUAAGCUCCGGUUACUCGAGUGCCGAACCGGGUCUAAGCCGAACGGCUUCAAUGAGCAACACUGCGCGCCCGAGACUGAAAUCAAAAACGCGCGAGGAUCAGGAUGAGUACGGUGCGGAUAUAUUUUACGACGAGCAGGACCUUUUGUAUGCUGCCAACAACCGUGGAGCCAUUCGGGCAGGUGAUUCCACCCCCCAGCGGGCUAGCAUCUAUGAACUGCACGCUGGUGGUGUUAGCUCAUUACCAGCCAUUACUCAGGCGGAACAUACGGUGGAAUCAGCAUCACCAUUACCGAUUUAUUCUAGCGGUACACAAGCGGUUCAGCGCGUAGAUCCCAUUGGGAAUGUUCCGGCUGAAAUGAAUGAUAAAUAUAAGCUAUUCCUAGCAUGGAUGGAGGAGCAACAAAAACGCGGAAAGGAAGUUGAACCCGAAAGCACGGGAAUGGUAUCUUCAAAUGAAGAAAAUAACGAGAGCAGCAAUAUGCUUCAGCGAGAACAAGAAACUCGCGGACACGGAAAUGAACGACCUUUAAUCGAAGAACAAGAACUAGUUGCUUCUGUGAAGCAGGAAGAAUUGGAGAGGAGUAGCACCAUCGAACCAAUACCAACAACGGAAGAUAUCGUCACUAGUGUGGAACCAGUAAUGCAGGAGGAGGCUAUGGAGGAUAACUUUAUGGACACGAUUUCUGUAUCAUCGAACGAGAAUGAUGAGUUUUUGGAAGUUGAAGCCACAUCAGAACCUAUGGAAGAAUUAAAUAAUCAUGAGCAGGCGCAAAAGGAGGAUGCCGUAAAGCAGGAGCCUGUGGAAGAAAUAAAGGAAACACCAGAAAGGGUCACUGCGCCAGAAGAAACAGUAAUAACCGAAUCUAAUGUCAAUUCGGAAGUGGAUAGGGAAUUAAAAAUGACUGAAGAAAGGGUUGAAUUACCUUCCGUUGUAGAGGAAAAGGAACAGCAAGAACAACCGACAGCUACAGAGGAACAGUUCGCUAAGGAUAUCGCAAUGCCGCUGGAAUCAUCCAACCUAAUGGUGGCUGCCUGUUCCAACUCCAACCUUACAUCUUCCAACUCAUCUCUUGCAGUGUCGGAAGGUAGCACCGGUAGUGUCAUUAAUCUGGCUAACGAAGGCACCGCGUCCGUGCAAGCAAAGAAACAUCCAUCCUUUGGCAAGCAGCGUAAAGCACCACCUGUUCCACCACCGCCGGAAAUGAUCGUUAUUCGAGAACCUCCCAAAAUUACUACCACUGUUGCUACUCCUCCCGCUCCAACUCACUCAAACCCUCCGAAUGCGGAAGUUCGGAAUGAAAAAAGGCCAAUGGCUGUGAGCACUCGUACCGGCUCACCAUUGGCCACGGUCGGCGGCGCAACGCAAGCAGCGGAAAAGUCUAAACCGAAAAAGUUUAUGAGCUCCCUGACGGGAAUGUUUAAGGGACACGGAGACACAUCGUCAUCAUCAUCAACGACGCCGAGCAGUCGUUCGAACGAAUCGGCACAGCCACCGGAAAAGAUGUCGGCCAGCUGUACGACGCUGCCCCGCACCAAGAAGCCGGAAAAAGUCACCAAAACACGCUCGAAAACAGAAAAACCAUCAGUUUAAAAUUGCUGUGUGCGUUUCAUUAUUCGAUUCCCCACUACCAUUUUCCCGUUUUCUGAUGUUUCGAGCUUGAUGAUGUCCCUUGUUCGAGUUGUCCCGCAGUAGCUGGUGUUGUAGCAUUACGUACUAAACUUAAAGCGCAUGAAGAAUGUUUGGUUGAAACAUGUUUGUGGACAGAUUCAGGUGCGUAAGUGGAUGUGUUUUUUUGUUGUUGUCAGUGUCCAUCUGGUCAGUAGGUGUAGGCUCUGAUUCUCAUCUAGACAGUAAUGCUCUGUGGCGCUGUAGAAAGGAUGCAGACAGCGACUCGUUUUUACUUUUGUUUUGUUCUACUGCUACAAUUCAAUAACAAGCAUUUAUACAAAAAAGCUAUAUCAUAGUGGAUAACACCACACCACGGGGGGGAUAUAUCGGGGCGCGCACAUGCAAAUGGAUGCCAAAACAUGUGACACAUGUGUGUGUGUGUGUGGAUGAUUGGAAAUUGUUUGUGAGAUGGAUACGAAUUGUAGGUUAAAUGAGACGACGUGAGACAGAUAGCGUUUACGCGCACAAACAGGCCAGAUAUUAUAAUAUUCGAUAAUUGUGGUAUCGAAACCUUGCUCGUAAUAUUUUCAUUACUUUUUACAUAAAUUGCGGAACGUGCAAGUGGUAAAAUCUCUUCCCGUUUUAAGCCUUCACAUUGCUUCAUUUCGUUCCUUUUAAAACUUUCAUAUGGAAACGCUGUUAGCUAAUAAUGCACAAACGAACGUAUGAGCUUAACGAUUGAAGUAUCGUUUCGUUAUUUAAUUGUACGUUUGCACCAAUAUACUACAUAUCUGGUAAUAAGUAGCUAGUUUCUUUAUCAUUGGGGUACUGUUUUUUCUUUUGUUACAUUUCUCUGCAAAUGUAAACUUUUGUUCAAAUGGAAUGAUACCAGUGCCGAAUGAUGAUAAGCCAUGGAAAGAUGAUAUAAUAGGAUAGGGAGUUUUGAAGGUUAGAAAGUAAUGAAUAAGUGAUAAUAAAUAUGUCAUCACGUUUAGAUAGUGCAAUCGAACGAGAAAAAGGACGAAAAACUGGCACGCGCACCGAUGUGUGUGUACUAUCGGAGAUAAAAGCAGAAAUAAGCCAUUUCCUUCAAUGGUUUUUUUGUGAAAUUAGCUGCGCACAGGGCAGAGCAGAGUAAAAGCAGUUUAGCAAAUUGUGCACAACGUAGGAGAGAGAGAAAGAGAAAGAGAGAAAGAGAGAGGAAGUGGAUUAAGCCAACAAAUCCACCACCUGUAGAGUACGGUAGGACUGUUGAUGGGCAAUAUUACACAUCUUAAAGGCAUAGAGAGAUAGCUUGGUGUUAGGAAAUUCCUUUCCACACUCCACCCCCCGCCCAAAAUGCUCUCCACUUAAAUCUAUCUGCCCGUAAUCUGGUGAUAAGAGUUACUACGCUCAAUAACUGGCCAAUAAAAUAUGGAAAAUU